AUGAAUGAAUUGUCAAAAGUCAGAAAAGACCUGAAACGGUUAAAAGAGGAGACAGAAAAGGGCAACAGAUCGCGACAUAACAGUGGUGCCUCUUCUUCUGGGGUAGAAAUGUCACCUCCUGUGAUACCUUCAGUGGCAACAACACUGGACUUCAUACUGAAGUGCUUGAAAGACAAGAGGCAGGAUUCUGGGCGGCCAGAAGAAGUUACGCUAAUGUCUAGAGAUCAAGUCCAGGAAGAGAAAUUAGCUGUACAGAGAGCUCUGUUGCAUUUUGAAGGACUGCAUGGUCGUCCUACAAGCAGGGAAGAGAAGGAGAUCAUGAGACCUCUGUAUGAUCGAUACAGAUCUGUGAAAAGAAUGUUGAUCAAGCCCAUGUCUCCACGAAAUUCCCUUGAGCUGCAGACUGUACCUGAAGAUCAAAUGAUGGAGAUACCACGUUCUUUCAAUAGGGACCCAGUUCGAGUUCCUACAGCAGAUUUGGAAAACGAUGCUGGAAGCAAUGAUUUUGGCUUUGUUACCCAAGAUCUGAUGGUGGUGCGAGAGUUGGAUUUUCCCACCGCUCAGGAUAAGGGAUUGCAGCAGGCAGGAGGAGGUGGGAAAGAUGAUGGCAGCAUCACGAGUGAGGAUGGUCGUGGAGAUGUACGCCUUCAUGAGAUGUCUUUGUCUGAGCUUCAUGUGGAGAUCGAGACCUCUCGGGGACAAAAGAAGAAAUUGAGGAGAAUUUUGAGACAGUACGAAGAGGAUUUCUUCUUGAAGAAUGGGAGAAAAGUCCAGAAGGAGGACAGGUAUCCUUUGCAGACAGAGUAUAGUGAAUAUAAAAAAGUGAAAGCAAGGCUGCGAUUGCUUGAAGCUUUAAUUCUGAAGCAUUACAAUCAUGAAUGA